AUCCUUUCUCUACACAUCUUGGUCAGGGCAGCUCGCAGCUGUCAACUGUUGCGCUCGCAGGCGCUUUGUUUGUUAUUUUGUUUAAAAUUUUAACAACCUCAAAACGGGACGAGGACGCAUUUUCCAACCGCAGCAACGAUUACCAAGUACCAGAAAACCAUGACCAAAGUUAUUGCAAAGCCUAACCGCUUAGAUCUGAAGAUAAUAAUGGCUGCGAAGAAGGCACUCGCACAGAGCCACCAAAAUUUGCCCCAUAGCUCAAAGGUAACGACUAUACCCUGGACUAGAAUAGCCAAACAAAUUGGCGAAUCAGCUCUCCGUUGCCGGUCUCGCUGGAAAACCCUGCGGAAUACGUUCCGACGACACGCCAGCCGAAAGGGCACGGGAGAAAUCAAAUCGGAUUGGCCCUAUUACGAGCAUAUGCUGUUUCUGCACAAUUACCUUUCCACCGCUGGUUCUUCGACCACAUCCAAUACAUCGGUGAAAGAGCGAGAUGAAGAAUCGCCACAGCAAACAGCGGACGAGGAGAUGGAAGAAACGGAAGAGCUGUCCGAGCCCGAACCGGCAGAGGAACCGCACGUAAUGCCACAAGUGCCUGCACCGAUUGUCCGCUCGAUAUCGGUCGAAUCGAUAACGAAGGAAGAGCCACAAAUUGUGCGGAUGGACAAGGUACGCUACGUACCGGAAACAAAUGCCACCACGGCGGUGGUGGACCCAUUCGUACCGACUGCCAAUCUUCCAUCGCCGGCUUUGUAUGGCAGACCGGCCGCGACAAACGAGGGAACCGGGCCGGAAGAGUACGAAGAACCACCGCUAUCCUGGCGCACGAUCGACACGGACGAACAGUUUCUGCUGAGCUGUCUAACAGCGAUGAAGCGACUGUCGCGACGGCGUAACGCGUUGGUGCGGCUGCAAAUUCAACAGCUCAUGUACGAGGCCGAGUUUGCCGAUGAGGAUGAGGCCAGAAAUGCGUCGUACAACAAUCGUUAACGAAACUCACUAGCGACGUAAGUAUUGGACGAUAGCGCCCUGUGCAUGUGGUGCAAAUACCAAAAAAACUAUUUGAAGGGAGGACAGAUUUGGAAGAUUUGGAUUUAGAGCAGGGUUGUACCAGUCGCCAACUAUGAGUGCCAUUCGAGUGUGUCAGGUGUGUGCACGUUAUCACGCAGGUAUUCGAGAGCGGUAGAUAAUGAAAAGCACGUUAAAAAUCACCUUCGUCAUCGACGACACCAUAAUUAGCGUCUUCUCGACGACGUUCAACACAGGGCGAACAGAUACAGAAUGUUGACGACAGGUUUGAGAAGUAGUAAUUUUAAGUACAAUUGUUUCAAAUUUUGUAAGUGUUUUACGUACAAUAAAUCUUCAUGGUAAAGCUACA